GCCUCAGCCGGCGAGGCCUUCGAGCGCGGUCUGGACGUCAUGCAGCUGGGCGGGCUGCAGAAGGGCGCCGCCCGCGCCAUCUCCGCCAUCGAGGUGGAGCACUCGGACGACACCUUCUCCAUGCACUUCGUCACGCCCGUCCCGCAGUUCAAGGUCACGGAGAAGUACACCUUUGGCCGCGAGGUGGCCAUCGGCCGGAGGGACCUUAGGUCCGGGCGGCAGAUGGUGACAGCAGAAGAUGCAGGGGACAUGCUGGUUUUCCGGCACGGAUGGGGCGACCCUGUGGCGGGGUCCAUGGUGGAGGAGUUCACGUGCCCCGAGGACGGCGUGCUGCACAUGCUGUCCGUGGUGGAGGUUGCCGGGAAGGCGGCGACGGUCCUGCAGGUGUACAGGAGGCAGUGA